GACGCGACGCAGUGGAAAAGAAGGAACCACGUGCUUCUAUCGAAAGGUCUCACAGAGAGAAAGGCCACUCCGUCUGUGCACAGCACAAGGAGGAAAAUCUCCACAUUGCUCAUAAAAGGGGAAAUAUAGAGAAAAAAAAUAAAAUAAAAUAAAUUAAACUGCAUUCUUCGCGACGAAUAAUGUAAAAAGUGAUUGAUAGGUCUUCCCUCCACAAAGUGACCCAUUUGUGGAGAUCGUGUUCCGUGUCCGUUUAAACAGCAGACCCGGUCCAGCCUUCUCCAUACGAAAGCAAAAUGAAGGCAAACAUAGUGGAGAAAAAAAAGAAGAAAAAGUUGCAGGCAGUACUGGGGGAGGCCAAGGGGGCGGAGGGUGAUGGGCUGGAAAAUGAAAAGAGGAAAACAUCCAUUCAAAAUGGUAAAAACGAAACCUUCACUCGAUUUCUGUUCCCAAAAAACCCAAGAGCAUUUGCCAACCUGGUUGAGUUUUCUUUUGCGAAUGAAGAGUUCACGUCGGUGGAGCAAGUGGACCACACCGUCUUCCACCUGGACAUGAAAUCAUGCCUGGUGAUGCGGGACAGCGACGAGGGCAAGAAGCAGAUAGAGUUGGUGAAGAAGAAAAUAGAAAAGGCUAAUUCCUUCACGGUUUUGAAAGACAACGACUACGUCUACCAUAAGCCAAAAAACUGCUUCGAUUACAUCGACAGAUAUGCGCAGACGGUCCCUGUCUCCUUCAAGGACGAAGCGACCAAGACGGAGCCACAGGAAAUAAACGAAAUCUGCGACACGGUUUGCCAAUCGAUAAUCUACGACGCGUACCUGCGCGAGUUUCAGAAGGUCUCCAACGAGGAAGACAAGGAAAAGGACAGAUACAACGAAAACGCAAAAAAUGAAGAAGAACGGGGAAAGAAGUACGGCUCAAAUGGAGACCUCGGAUUGGACACAGGAUCUGAUGUGGGUUCAGGGAAUCUCUCCGAUGAUGCGAAAUUUGCGACGGUUCUGUUUUCAUCAGAUAGCUCUAGUGAUGACAGUUCCGAUGCGGUCAGUGAAGGCGACACUGUUAGUAGUGCAGGCAAAGGUAGUUGGGACAGCUCUGGAGAGGAAGGUACCCGAGAUUACGAUGUAGAGGUGGGGGAGCACGACGAUGGGAGAUACGAACAUUUGGUUGAACAGAAUGAGGGCAACGCGGAUGGUGGUGAUGACGACGGGGAUGGUGAUGGCGAUGGAGAUGGCAACUGCGAUGGUGAUGGCAACGACGAUGUGGGGGCUGCCGCCGCGGUUGAGGUUGAAGAGAUAGACGGGGAGGAGGAAGAGGCAGGAGAACUACACAAGAAGGGUCACAACAAAGACUCCGACGCCAAUGGUGGAGCAGAAACGAAUGAAGACGUGAAGGACAGCACGCAAACAAGCACAGUGGGAGGAGCCGAGAAGGUAGAAGACCCCCCCCUUGAAAAGGGAAAGACAGCUAUGAAAGGAGUACCGAAAGGGAAAGGCAAAAUUGGUGAAAAGAACAGCACACGACAGGGUCCCACCAAAAGUGGAACGAAGAAAAAAAAAAAAAGAAUCCUUCAGUGGGAAACAUGAGAUUGAUAUUUGAAAGUAAUUUAAAACAAAUAUAUAAUAGAGACAUCAUCUCACAGAUUUUAUUUGACAAGAAAAAUAAAUCCUUUUAUUCCAUUUCUUAUGAUGGAAAUAUUUUUUGUUGGAAGUACAACAAUAAAUUUACUGUAGGGGACAAACUGCUGACUCUCAAAAAGGAUUGGGAAGACGAUCUUAAGGACCCUGUGAAUUUUGUACAAACCCAGUCUAUCACUUGCAUCGAUUUCAACCCCUUUCAGAAGAACCUCUUUCUCAUUGGGACUACUACGGGGAAGAUAUACCUCUACUCCAGCACCUUCUCCGACAACCAUUUGCGGAUGUAUAAUGAACACUGCAUGUCCGUGAAUGCCGUUUCGUACAACCCCUUCAGGAGCGGCAUCUUCAUUUCGGCGUCCUACGACUGGACCAUCCGCAUAUGGGACCAGGCGCGCCCACGCUCGCUCCUCGUGCUGGACAUCAAGGAGUGCGUGUACGACAUCCGCUGGAGCCCCAUAGUGUCGACUUGUUUCCUCGUCAUCAGCUCGGAUAACCACGGCCACCUACACAUUUAUGACCUAAGUGUGGACAUAAACAAAGCAAUCAUAACGGAGGAGAUAACGAAAAAGAAGAAGCUCCGCAAACUGUGCGUAAACCAAUUUAACGAAGUCAUCCUGAUUGGAGACGAAAGUGGGCUCCUUCACUCAUACAAAGUGUCGUAUGCCUUUAACACGUCGUAUGUGGACUAUCUGCGGGGCAAGCUGGGUCGCUCCUUCCAAGUCCAAAUGAUGAAUUCGUUCCUCACAAAGAGGGACACGCCCGAGAAGGUACAUUUGAAUUAA